GCCUUGCUAGGUGCUGGCCAUGGCAGUGCGUGAAUCGAGCCCUGCUCCAGCGUCGACGUACGAGCUUGCUUCAUUAAACUAAUGAGAGAAUUUGGAGUAAACAAAUGGGUCGUGAGACCAAAUCCAAUUCUAUUCCCUCUUUCCUUUCUCCUCAUCGCACAUGGAGAAUCGCGCCACCGGGGUUAAAUCCCUGGCGCGGGGGGACGAGGAGUAAGCGAGCUGCACUAGUGGCUAUCGACUCCCAUGGCGGACUCAGGAGCAGCAGGAGGGGGAGACAAGGACGGCGAGCAGACGCGGUACCGCGGGGUGCGGCGCCGGCCGUGGGGGAAGUACGCGGCGGAGAUCCGCGACUCGACGCAGCACGGCGCUCGCGUGUGGCUGGGCACGUUCGACACCGCGGAGGAGGCCGCGCGGGCGUACGAUCGGGCCGCCUUGUCCAUGCGGGGCUCCCUCGCGGUGCUCAACUUCCCCGCCGACGCCCGCGCCUACGCCGCCGGCUCGUCGCGCGGCGGCGGCAAGCAGGUCAUCGAGCUGGAGUGCUUGGACGACAAGGUGCUCGACGAGAUGCUCGAGUUCGCCGAGAAGGAGAAGGGCUGCAAGAAGAAGUGACGAUCGAGCGCGGCGUCGUCGCAGGCACAGAAUAAGCCAAGGCUGUAAUACUUGUAUGUAACUAGGCUGAUGUUUGGGGACUUGGAAAUCUCUUACUACUCCACUCUUGUGUCAGCGAUCGUCUUCGCACCAACAAGAAACUGAUAUGAACAGUAUCCGAUACCUCUGAUGCAUGCAUAUACAGAAGAAGCACAUCCGUUCCGCCGUUUCCAUGCUUUCAGGCCACCAAUCAUGCCAUCACAACUCCCAAGGGUUUCAUUCACCCUCUUUCCGGCUCAGUUGUUGUUGGCUUCAGCAUAAUCUCACAAACAACAUAUCAUGAACAAGGGUGGGGAAGCACGAGAA